AUGAUAGAUCCAUCAGAGAUUUUAGAAAACUAUAGAAAGGAACUGACUCUAACUUAUGAUCAAUUUAUUGCUCAACAUCAGGUCAAAGAAAAUCAAAUCGUGAAUGAUGUAGGUUAUGAAAAAAUGAUUCAACUUAAAAGAAUUGAUAUGAAUAGCGAUGAGCAUUUCUUCUUUAAAGAUAACAUGAUGAAAAUUAUAUAUCUCACUAAUAAUAAGCUUGUAGGGAUUAUUUGGAGUGAAUUCAUACAGUCAAUUCAUAAGAAUGAUCAAGGAGAAAUCGUUGGUUCACGAGCAAGUAAAAUAGCAAACCAUAUAAUUUAUGCUAAAAAUGGUAUUGCCGCUUCAAUUGAAGGCGAUAAUGUAAUUUUUAUCGAAUUCUUUCCCCCUCAAUCUUUGCAGGAAUAUUUAUCUGGUAUUUAUAAGAAGCCACUUUCAUUUCGGAGAUAA